AUGAACCAUCCCAGCAUUGAAGAGGUUGACCGGGUUCUCCAUGAGCACUCCCUGGGUGAGAUGUGGUAUAGGAGCCUGUCUCAGUUCAAUAUGGAAGGUGACAUGAAGACUCUGGAUGUGGCAAGGAGACCGUUCAAUGUGAUGGUGGACUUCUAUGAUCCAGUAGAGGAUGAGGACCCUGAUUGUAAGCAUGGUGACAUUGUCUUUCCCCAUCUACUGGAUUCUAACUUCAAACAGUUGGAUACACAUACAAAGAACAUCUGCAAGGCAAAGGCACAGGGAGGGGGAGAUGAUAACAAUGGAGGAGGUCAUCAUGGUGGUGGGGUGAGUGGCAAGCACAAGGGAGGUGAUAAGGGCAAGGGAUGA